GAAGACUGUGCCAAAGAAGGCUUCUGCUCAGAUGACAUCACAUUUGGACUACUAAUGCUAUCCACCCACUCUGCAAGGCACAAUGCAUUUCUAGGUAACUGAACAAAUGCAGAGUGAAGCUCCUCCUUCUGUUUGCAAAACUCUCCUGGAAAAUUCCUCAGCUGCUUGCUUUCUGCUGAAUGUCAGUGCAACUAGUUCAGAAUCUAAUGCUUUGCAGCAGAAGAGGCCACAUCUGACUCCACGUUGUUCUUCUUCAAAGGAACCAGGUUUCAUCCCUAAACCUCACACUUCAACAAGUCCCAAAGUGUAAAAGGCAAACGUACAAAUGUCUACCACAAGACUAAAGUGUGCUAUGUUAUGUUUUUUACCAUAAGCACCCAUAAAAUGAGCUCCAUUGCAGACAGAAAUGAUGGAAGCAUUUUUGAUGGGCUGGUGGAAGAAGAUGACAAAGAUAAAGCAAAAAGAGUGUCCAGAAACAAGUCUGAGAAGAAGCGUCGAGAUCAGUUCAAUGUCCUCAUCAAAGAGCUGGGCUCCAUGCUCCCAGGCAACGCUCGGAAGAUGGACAAGUCCACGGUGCUGCAGAAGAGCAUCGACUUCCUGCGCAAGCACAAAGAAAUUACUGCACAAUCAGAUGCCAGUGAGAUUCGACAGGACUGGAAACCCACAUUCCUUAGUAAUGAAGAGUUCACACAGUUAAUGUUAGAGGCUCUUGAUGGUUUUUUUUUAGCAAUUAUGACAGAUGGAAAUAUAAUAUAUGUGUCUGAGAGUAUAACUCCCUUACUUGAACAUUUGCCAUCUGAUCUUGUGGAUCAGAGUGUAUUUAAUUUUAUCCCAGAGGGGGAACAUUCAGAAAUUUAUAAAAUACUGUCUUCUCAUCUGCUGGAAAGUGAUUCGUUGACACCAGAAUACUUAAAAUCAAAAAAUCAACUAGAAUUCUGUUGCCAUAUGCUCCGAGGAACAAUAGAUCCAAAAGAGCAACCUACAUAUGAAUAUGUAAAGUUUAUAGGAAAUUUCAAGUGUUUGAAUAGUGUUCCCAGCUCAGCGCACAAUGGUUUCGAAGGAACUAUUCAGCGAUCGCACCGGCCUGCAUAUGAAGACAAAGUUUGCUUUGUAGCCACAGUUAGAUUAGCUACACCUCAAUUUAUCAAGGAAAUGUGCACUGUUGAAGAACCCAAUGAAGAGUUCACAUCUAGACAUAGCUUAGAAUGGAAGUUCCUAUUCUUGGAUCACAGGGCCCCUCCGAUAAUAGGUUAUCUUCCAUUUGAAGUGUUGGGAACAUCAGGCUAUGAUUAUUAUCAUGUGGAUGAUCUAGAUAAUCUGGCAAAAUGUCAUGAGCACUUAAUGCAAUAUGGGAAAGGGAAAUCAUGUUACUACAGAUUCCUCACAAAGGGACAGCAGUGGAUUUGGCUGCAAACUCAUUACUAUAUCACCUAUCACCAGUGGAAUUCCAGGCCAGAGUUUAUUGUCUGUACGCACACUGUUGUCAGUUAUGCAGAAGUCAGAGCAGAAAGACGACGAGAGCUUGGUAUUGAGGAGUCUCUUCCAGAGAUAACAGCAGAUAAAAGUCAGGACUCUGGGUCUGACAACCACAUCAACACAGUGAGUCUCAAAGAAGCACUGGAAAGGUUUGAUACCAGCCCCACACCUUCUGCUUCCUCCAGGAGUUCAAGAAAAUCUUCACAUACUGCAGUUUCAGAUCAUUCAUCAACACCAACUAAAAUGACAGUGGACACUAGCACUCCUCCAAGGCAAAGCUUAUCUGGUCAUGAAAAGACUGCACAAAGAAGAUCAUCUCUGAGCAGCCAGUCUCUAAGCUCCCAGUCUCUUGGACAGCCAGUAGCACAGCCAGCAAUGUCUCAGCCUGCAGCUCUUCAGCUCCAGUCUGGCAUGUCCCAGCCUGUGUUUCAGUUUUCAGCUCAGCUAGGAGCCAUGCAGCACCUGAAGGACCAGCUGGAGCAGAGGACACGCAUGAUAGAGGCAAACAUCCAUCGGCAGCAGGAGGAGCUGCGCAAGAUUCAAGAGCAGCUCCAAAUUGUCCAUGGUCAAGGACUCCAGAUGUUCUUGCAGCAGUCAGCUUCUGGACUCAACUUUGGCUCUGUACAGCUUGCUUCUGGAAAUUCUUCAAAUGUUCAGCAGUUAACACCAAUAAACAUGCAAGGUCAAGUUGUUCAGACUAAUCAGGCUCAAAGUGGGAUGAGCACAGGCCAUAUAAGUACUCCACACAUGAUACAGCAGCAGCAGCCUCUGCAGAGUACUACAACACAGCAUAACCAACAGAACGUGCUGAGCGGGCACAAUGCGCAGGCUUCCCUGGCCUCGCCGUCGCAGAACACAGUCUCAGCACCUCUCUAUAACACUAUGGUGAUCUCCCAGCCAGCAACAGGAAAUGUGGUCCAGGUUCCUUCCAGCUUACCACAGAACAACAACCAGAGCACUGCUGCAGUGACCACCUUCACACAGGACAGACAGAUCAGAUUUUCUCAAGGUCAGCAACUUGUAACCAAGCUGGUGACAGCCCCAGUGGCAUGUGGAGCAGUGAUGGUGCCCAGUACCAUGUUCAUGGGACAGGUGGUGACAGCUUACCCCACCUUUGCUGCCCAACAGCAGCAGCCACAGACUUUGUCAAUAACACAACAGCAGCAGCAGCAGCAGCAGCAGCAGCAGCAAAGUCAGCAAGACCAUCAGCAGCAGCUCACCACAGUUCAGCAACCAGCUCAGCCACAGCUGACCCAGCACCCCCAGCAGUUCCUACAGACAUCCAGGUUACUUCAUGGAAAUCAGUCAGCUCAGCUCAUCCUCUCUGCUGCUUUCCCACUACAACAAAGCACUUUUACUCAGUCCCACCACCAGCAGCACCAGUCUCAGCAGCAGCAACAGCAACUUUCCCGACACAGAACUGAUAAGAUGAGUGAUCCUUCCAAAGUCCAGCCACAAUAGCCUGGGGCUCUGCCUCUCUGUGAAGCAAACUACCAGGAGGGGGCUGCUCCACUCACUACCAAGUUGCACUGAGGCUGCAGAGGUAGCAGUCCCAAGGCUUUCUAACACCACGGCGCUGAGAUCUGCUUCUAACUGCUGGGAUCUGUUCAGAAAAGCCACAAGGUGACGAUGGGGACGCAGCCAAGGCUGAGAGGUGCCCCAUGUGCUGUGUUCUAAAGGAUUUGCUGCCACCUGCUAGCUUUGAUUUGAUUUGAUUUUUUUUUCCUGUCCAGGUGAA